AUGAACCAUGCGGAUCACGACGUUCACGCUAAUAAAUUGGCGCCCGCAAAGCAACAAGGGAACACCGGUGUUUACAUGAAUAUCGUCCCGGUGACAGUAACUGCUGGCAACAGGGCUUUUGAUACAUACGCUCUUUUGGACUGUGCUUCUACAACCACCAUGUGUAGUGUGAAAUUGAUGAACAAAUUAAAUCUAACCGGGGUGCCUAUAGAUGUUACAUUGCAAACUGUUGGUAAUCGUCCCAAAUCUGUUAAAGCAAAGAAGUUGUCCCCUCUACUCGUUAAAGAAAUUGACGGACAUGACGAUUGCAUUGAAUUGCCCAAUGUAUUGUGCGUCAAUAACUUGCCCAUAAAGCCCAAUAAGCUACCCUCGCGCAGUUCCUUGCGUAAGCUAUCCUAUUUUUCUGAUAUCGACUUUCCUCGAAUACACGACGGUGAAGUGACUUUGCUGAUAGGAGCGGAUGUUCCCGAAGUGUUUGUGUGGGAGGAAUUUGGAAAGGGUCGGAGUCAACAGCCGAUUGCGGUGAAAACCCCUCUGGGUUGGUCUCUUAUGGGUCCGUCUCUGACCGUCUAUGAAAACACUUCCAUUAAUUUUGUUGAUACAAAUUCUUUUGCGUCGCAGAUUGAGCGACUUUGGCGUACGGAUUUUGCUGACGUCCCCAGUAUUUGUGACACUAAAACUUCCCGCGAAGAUAGAAUAGCGCGUAGUUGCAUGGAAGACAAACUCAAAUUUGUUGAUGGACAUUACGAACUACCUUUAUUGUGGAAAAUCGAUCAUCGCGAGUUACCAUGUAAUCAGAAAGUGGCGGAGAAUCGUCUUCGUCAGUUAAAGCGACGUCUUUUAAAAGAUGACACAUUGCGCCAAAAAUAUUUUCAGACAAUGAAUGAUUAUGUUGAUAAAGGAUACGCUUGUAUAGCUGACAGUCCUAGGUCGCCGAACAUCUAUCCAACAAAAUGGUUAUUGCCACAUCAUCCUGUGAUAAACCCAAAGAAACCAGACAAACUUAGAAUCGUCUUUGAUUGCGCGUCCAAGUCCGAGGGUUUGUCGUUGAAUGAUGCGCUUAUGAGUGGCCCAGACCUUGUUAAUAGUUUGGUUGGUGUACUAACCCGAUUUCGAAGAAAAAACAUUGCGAUUAUCGCUGAUAUUGAAUCAAUGUUCCAUCAGAUUAGAGUGAAACCGGAGGAUCGGGCCUUUCUAAGAUUUUUGUGGUGGGUCGAUGGAGAUUUAUCUACACAGCCAGUCGAACAUGAAAUGACUGUGCAUUUGUUUGGUGCUUCGUCAUCACCUAGUUGUGCUGCAUUUUGUCUGUUGCAAACAGCGAAAGACUUUGGCGCGGAAUACGAUUCCAAGAUUUUAGAAAUUGUUAAACGAGACUUCUAUGUUGAUGACUGUUUGUCCAGUUGCAAAAAUGAUAACGAUGCUGUUUCGACGGUGAUGCAGCUACGUUCUUUGUUGAGUAAAGGAGGGUUUAAACUUACGAAAUGGAUGUCCAAUAGUAAGGUUGUCUUGAAUAGUUUGCCGGAAAGCGAGCGUUGUAAGCAACUGCGAAGUCGUGUCUUGGACGACGGUGUGUCUAAUCGCAUUCUAGGCGUGUAUUGGAACGCAUUGAGCGAUGAAUUCGGGUGCAAGAUUGAUAUUCCCGAUCGAGAGUUUACUCGGCGAGGUAUUUUGUCCGCGUUAAGCUCGUUAUUUGAUUCCCUUGGAUUUUGGGCUCCUGUCACGUUGACUGCUAGGUUGUUGCUACAGGAUCUAUGCCGUAAGAAGAUCGGCUGGGACGACCCUGUAUGUGAACGUGAUGCAAAUAGCUGGGCCAAUUGGUUGAACCAAAUUCAUCUAUUGGAAAACCUGAAAAUUUGUCGCUGUCUUGAACCGCUUGACUUUGGACGCGUCAGUCGAAGUGACGUACAUAUUUUUGCAGACGCAUCGACUAACGGAUACAGCGCCGUUGCAUAUCUGCGUCUGAUUGACGAACAUUCUAGAGUUCAUUGCGCUUUCCUGAUGGGUAAAUCUAGACUAGCUCCAAUUAAACCCGUAUCAGUGCCUCGUUUGGAGUUAACUGCUGCGGUUUUAGCCGUGAGAUUGGGAGCAAUAAUCAGAAAAGAGCUAGACCUUUUACUAAGACAGUGCGUCUUUUGGGCGGAUUCAACUGCCAUACUACAGAGUAUUCGUAACUCUUCGAAACGGUUUACAACGUUUGUUGCUAACCGACUAACUACGAUCGAGCAGAAUUGUGAUAUUUCAAAUUGGCGCUACGUUCCAACUAAAUUAAAUCCAGCCGAUGAUGGUUCGAGAGGAGUUUCUGUAGAUAGAUUUCUUAAUCGGGAUCGCUGGCUGCGUGGUCCGGAUUUUUUAUGGUUGGAUGAAAGGGAUUGGCCUAUUGACCCUGUUAGUAUGCCGGAUCCGCCACUGGAAUUUCAACCUUCCGAGCAUAUUCCCGUGCAAAUUAACUUAACUGACUGCUUGAACGAAAAUUCUGAAACUGUUUCGGCUACCGAUCGUUUAAUUCAAAGAUACUCUAGUUGGACUCGCUUGCGCAGAGCCACAGCUUGGCUUAUGCGAUACAAGUUGUUUCUGCUCAUGCGGGUAUCUAAGACGGCAAACAACCCCAAUGUUGGCCCUUUGACGCUAAGUGAAAUCAGGUUUUCGGAGACGCAACUUGUGAAAUACGUGCAGUGGCAGAUGUUUCCGAAGGUUAUGGAGAUGCUGGGUUGCGGGAUUGUGAUUUGGAACAAGUCUAACUGCUCCCGCGCACUUCGUAAACUUUCUCUCGUUAUGGACAGCUACGGCGUAAUGCGUGUGGGAGGUCGUUUAGACAAUGCGUCAAUACAGUACGAAUCGAAACAUUCUGCCAUUCUACCGAAUGAACAUCAUUUAACUUCGUUGCUGAUAAUCAAGUGUCAUAUCGAAGUUGGACAUUCUGGAAUGAGUCACACUUGGACGACGUUGAGACAAACAUAUUGGGUAUUGAAGGGUGGCGCUGCAGUUCGUAAAGUCAUAGGAAAAUGCAUAUUUUAUCGAAAGCGGAACGCCCACGUUGGCGAGCAGAUAAUGUCUGACUUACCCGCUGCUCGGUUAUAUGAUAACGUCCGUGCAUUUUCGUAUGUUGGAGUUGACUUCUUUGGCCCAAUGACUGUUAAGCAAGGACGGAGUCAAGUUAAAGUGUAUGGCUGUCUCUUCACUUGUCUAUCGAUUCGGGCCGUGCAUAUCGAACUAGCUAGUAGUUUAUCAACUGACGACUUUAUUGACGCAUUGAGACGCUUUACUGGGCGCAGAGGUCGUCCUGUUCACAUAUAUUGCGACAAUGGAAGCAAUUUUGUAGGUGCUUGUCGCGAAUUGAAAGAAUCAAUUAGCAAAUGGAACGAGCAAAGUAUUGCAAACUAUCUGCGUCAACGUGACGUAGAAUUUAACUUUAAUCCUCCAUACGCCAGUCAUAUGGGUGGCGUUUUUGAAAGAAUGAUUAAAUCAACUAAACGAAUUCUAUCUGUAUUGUUGACAGGUCAAUCGAUUACUCAUGAGAAGUUGGAGACACUACUAGUUGAAGUGGAAUCGAUACUGAAUUCCAGACUGAUAACUCCAGUGAUAAUGGACCACUCAGCUGAUGAACCGUUGACGCCCAACCAUCUACUACUUGUUGGUUCGUCACCAAAUGUAUCACCAGGUGUAUUCACGAAGCGUGAUUGCUACGUUCGACAGCGAUGGCGCCAGGUACAAUAUCUGGCUGAUGAAUUCUGGCGUCGAUGGAUAAAAGAGUACCUGCCAACAAUAACACAAAGGUCGAAAUGGACGAAAGGACGUGAUAACUUCAAAGUCGACGAUAUGGUUCUGCUAGUUGAUGAAUCGAUUCCUCGCGGUCGAUGGACUGUUGGAAGGGUUAUAAAUACCUUCCCAGACAAACAUGGACUCGUCCGCUCAGUGUUGGUGAGAACCGGCACAAAUGUUGUCAGACGACCCAUUACUAAACUAUGUCGAUUUCUAGAAGACCAAAAAUAG